UAAAAUUGUCCGUCAAAGACACCAGCCCUCUUUCAAGCCAUCCAAAGAUCAUGAUCGCCACUUGAAUCACCCAUCACAACAUCACAACCCAUCACUCAACCCAAGAGCAUUUGAUCAAGAAGCAAAGAGGCAGUGCAACAUGAUGUCAAGUCCAUUACAUGCCAAGAGAUGGUGUCGGGCACUGAUCUUGUCCCUAGUGCUGGCCACGAAAGCGUCAUGUUUGGCUACCUCCAGUAUUCCAUCCCAUCCAAAGGGGAAACUCAACGCACAAGAUGAUUCUACCAUGUAUCCGAAAACUGCCGUGGUGUCGACAAAGAAAAAUGGUGGCCAUUCCCAAGUCUACCCAAAUACCAAGGAUAUACUUGGAAAAGAUAACACCAAAAAGUCAUUUGGUAUCCAAGGACUGGCCAGUAUGAUACAAAGAGGUAGUCAAAACUUCCAGGCAGCUAUACGUUCUACAUUUCUACCCUCGGGGUAUCCUCUGAAAACGCCACCUGGAUAUUUGAAUUAUGCAAUCUGGUCUUGGAUUCAGGACUUGUCCACACAGCUGCGAUCCGUAUUGGCGACUCAAAAGAUACUGGAAGGAGUGGGUGUAGGUCGAGAAGGAGCCACGGCAUUAUCGGCCUUGAUGAAUUUCUUGGCACGGGAUGGCUGUGGUAUGAUUGCCACACUCUUGUUCACUUCGGUGGCAUCUUCCAGAUUUCGAGCCGAUGUCAAACGAUGGCGAUUGGUGGCCGAUAUUGCCGUGGAUAUCGGUAUUACAUUGGAAAUUGCCGCCGUGGCCACACCACCCAACUUGUUUCUUCCCAUGAUUUGCCUGGGUAACAUGUGCAAGGCGAUUUGUGGCGUCGCCGCGGGUGCCUGUGGUGGAUCCAUCAAUUUGCACUGGGCACAAGGGUCCGACAUAUCCGAUAUCAAUGCCAAGUUUGGAGCACAAAACACAAUCACGGGAAUGGUGGGGCUCAUAUUUGCAGCACUCUUUGCACGCUCGGUAGCCUCUUGGAAGCUUUGGAAACUAUGGAUCCUCUACUCGGCACUGACAUUGCUGCACAUUGUAGCAAACAUACGGUGUAUGAGAUUGAUUGACUUUCAGUCUCUCAACAAUGUCCGACUCAACAUUGUACUACAAGAUUUCCUCCAGUGGUGGGAUCUUCAAUCUCAAUCUUCAUCGGAUAAUGUGUCUUCCACAGCAGCGGCGACACCCAUACUCUCAACUCCCUCAAAGGUGUCAAAGAUGGAACCCUUGUUCUUUUUGCCAAAGCGGUUUUAUCCACGACAAAAUGCCAUUCACAAAAGAUCUGUACCAAUCUUCUUUGGACAAUCCUUCAAUGAAUUUUGCGAAAGGUCCCGACAUGCAUCGGGUGCCGAGAUUGCGGAAACACUACAGACGGCACCGGCAGAACUAUUGGACACUGCUUUUGGUACGGACGAUUAUUUGGUCUCUGCAGGAGUCAUAUCAGCCUCGAAACGAAAGCUUUGUGUAAAUGUGAUAUUCCGAGAGGAUGCCACACCUGAGACAGAAGCCAAGGCGUAUUUGCACGCUAUUCUGUUGGGCAGGCAUUUGAAGACACUCGAGAAAAUGAAGGAUUUCCCGUUGGACAAUGAUGUUGCCGUGAUGGCCAUCGAGGCAAAAACGGAACAGGAGGAAAUUGGAUAUGCAUGGAACUUGUUCCAGGCAGGAUGUUAUGUUGCUGGUUGGGACUUGACAAAAACCGAAAUGCAAACGAUGGGCUAUGAAGUUACAACAGCCGUACCUUCAGCAUAGCUAGCCAGUAGCUAUCUACAUCAAUAUUCACGCUUUUAAAUUUGAAUGCUUGUUGACCACAUCUGGUUAGCCAGUCCUACCCUCCCAAGGAUACGAUUGAUCAUUCGUCCCUGGCUGGAGGGUCGUUCCCUAAUAGCCACACCUUUAUUAACCCUCCAAUUGAACUAUGGUAAAGAUACUGCGACUACCUGCUAAACUGGCGUACAAAGUACCUUGCUAUCUUCUAAUUUGGAGAAUUGACAAGCAUGAUUGUCGUCGAAAGCGCGAGAAACAGCACUUGCUGGAUGCACACUAAAAAAGGAUCUGCUUCUUAUCAAAAAGGAUCUGUCGAGAUCCUCUUCGUUCGGUCGUGUUUUACAGGUCACGACGGGAGUUCUGUUUUCCAUUCAC